UUAGUGAGCUUCGUUGGAAUGCAGCCCAACCUUGCAGGUAAAACUCGAUACGCAUCCAUGUGGAAAGGAUGUCUGACACUUUUUACUGGAAGGGAUGGUGAACUUCAAAAAAUUGGAGAAUUUUGUAUGGUUUAUUCAGAAGUGCCAAAUUUCAGUGAGCCCAACCCAGAUUAUCGAGGACCGAAGAACAAAGGGGCACACAAUGAACAGAAGAGUAAUUCCAUGAAUAGCAAUAUAGGUACAGGUACAUUUGGAUCAGUGGGAAAUAGCCUUCAAACUGGCCCUGAAUCAAGGGGAUACCAACUUUCAUAUGCUGGUAGAAGCAAUGUCCGGGGACCUAUCAAUACACAGCUACCAGGAACUGCUAAUAAUCAAACAGUCAUGACCACAAUAAGUAAUGGCAGGGACCCUCAGAGGGCCUUUAAAAGAUGGCCUAUGCCAAAUAGUCACAUGUAG